AUGAGUUCAAAUAAAAAUAGAGAAAGAGAGUUUUUUUAAAUAAAAGAUUUAGCAGAAAAAUUGUAUCAUGAAUAAAGGUAUAAAACUUUAUAGAUGACUUUGUAUGAUCAAUCAUAUAUAUCCAGGGCAGUAGUUUCAGAUGAUAAAAACAAUGAGUAUAACUUGAAAAUCAUAAACAUGUUUGACGGAGUUAAUAACAUAGAUAAAACUAUUUAUUAAAAUGCAUAGCAGGAAGUAAAAGUUAUGAAAACAUUUAAUCAUAAAAAUGUACUUAAAGUCGUUGACUACUUUGAAAUAGGUUACUAUUUUUUGAUAGUCACAGAGAGGUAUGAAUCUAGCUUAGAGUAGUGGUUAAGAAGUAGACAAACAAAUCAAUUAUUUCUCCCAUAAAUUAUAAGCUUUAGUGAUUAGCUCUUUUAAGCUUUGGAACAUAUUCAUUCUAAAAAAAAAGAAGCAAGGGAUAUUGAUUUAUCAACAAUAAUGAUAGAUAAAAACAAUUAAUUAAAGGUUGUUUGCAAUGGAUAUUUUAACGCAAAUAUUUUUAGAAGAGUUUAAAGUCUGCAAAUAUAAAAUUAAAAGAAUAAGAUAUCAUUGCUUUACAAUGUAAAUUAGUAGAUAAGUGAAAAUGAGAUUGACGUGACAUAGAAUAUUUUGAAAGUAGAUAAGACAAAGUUGAAAUAAAUUGAUGUAUUAGCCUCAAUUUAAGUAAUAUACCAACUCGGAGGAGCUAAUUUAGUUGAUAGAUUUAAUAGAGAACUUCUUGUCGAUAAUUUAGAUGAACAGCUUAUUUCUACUUUUUUGACUAUUUUUGAAAGCAAAAAUUAAAGUCCUCCUCUACUUAAAGACAUCCUAAAAGGUAUAAAAAAAGUAAAAUCAGAUAUUUGGGAUGGAUGCCAAUUAGCAAAAAAGUUAUUUAAAAGUGCUUAGAAUAUGAAAGAAAAGCCUAAAGCUGCUAUUGAUUUAUUACUUCUUUGUAUUGAGCAACAUCCUAAAGAUCAACAAUAUUACUAAGCUGUUGGCGAUUUUUAUAAAAGUAUUUAGAAAUAUGACGAUUCAGCUUAAGCUUACAAAAAGUGUUUAUAAGAAGGUAAAGAAAAUUAAAUUUGCUAAGAUAGUUUAUUAGAAGUUUAUCGAUUUAAAUCAACUUAAGAAUAAUUAUAAAAAGAUAAACUAAUUGAAGUGUGCAUUGAGAAAGGCAAUCCUUUUAUAAAUCUAUGCCAUGAAUUUACAUAUAACUCUAAGGAAGUUAAAAAAAGUCGUCUCUCGUUUAGAUUAAUUGUAAUUUUAAUAGUGAUUUUCUAUGAUGCCAUUUUAAUAAUCAUGGCCAAUUUACUAGCCUUCUUAACAGCCCAUGCUUCAAUUUAAGCUUGUAGUCAAUAAAUUGAAGCUUGCUAUGCUUAAGUGCAUGAUGAUCUUUAAGGUUUUUAUAUUGCGUAAUACCAUUUUUUUAAAGGAUGCUUAGAUUCAGAGAAAGUAGGAUAUAUUUGUAGUACUGGAGUUGCAGAUUCUAUUUUAAAGAUGCAUUUAAAUGAAAUGAGGAAUAGUGCAUUCAAAAUGAGCAUGAUUAGCCAAUCAACUUAAGAUUCUGGCUCAGCAUCAUUGGAUAGUGAUACUAAAUUUGAUUUCAGAUCUCGUUGUUAAUAUUCUUUAGAAUCUGUUUAGCAGAGACUUGACUAUACUAAAUAAAUGCCAGAAGUUUUGCCAAAGGAAAUCGUAGAAAGCAAAAUAUCAUAAAAUACAAAAUUGAACGUUUUCAUAGUUUUAACUAUUAUUUUUUUCACAAUAUCUGCUUUGUCCUUCAUCUAUUAUCAUUAAAGACCUUCUUGUAAUUAAAACGCAAUAGUCCCUAUACCUAUUGAUAAACACAGUAUCGAAAAACUUUUUGAUCCAGUUAAAGUUAAUUAUAUCAAGAGCUAUGAAGAGUCUGCUGUGGGAAAAUACUUUUAUUGGGAUUUGCUAGCUGAAAAGUACUUCAAUAUGAUAGUUGAACAGCUAAAGCAAGUGGUUUGGAUGGAAGAAGAAGUUAUAGAAUAAUAUUUUGAUCAUAAAUUCACAUAAAACGAUAGCUAUAUAAUUAAAAAAAAGGUAUGGAAAUUAAGGGAUAAGUGCAAUGAUAUAGAAGUAACAACUAGUAUAUCUAAUAAGGUAAUUUGGAAAUAUAAAAACUGCUUUUGUAAAUGA